CGCACCGCCAUUGCCCCACAACAAACACAAAUCCCCCAAAUGGUGCCACAAACAACACUAAACACGAUAAAAAAUAACCGCAAAAUUGCAAAAUCCUCACAAACCAAUCGACGUGAUAGCAAACCAUGUCACAAAAAAUAGAUUGGGCGAAGUAUGCCGAAGAACAAGAAAAAACUCUCCCAAAGAAGCUAAACCAGAUCACUAUCACCCCCAAAGAGGAAAACGGUAGAGAGUCUGAUGAUGCACCCGAACAAGUUAAUCCGGCAGAAGUAAGCUUACUGCGCAAAGUGAUCAGAAAAGGCUUAGUUGAGAGCAAAACCGACCUUGAGGUGCAAAGACAAAACCCGAACUCGCCCCUAUAUUCAGUGAAGACAUUUGAAGCACUGAACUUAAAUCCGAAUUUGUUGAAAGGCGUCUAUGAUAUGGGGUUCAACGCACCCUCAAAAAUACAAGAAACCGCUUUGCCUACGCUUUUAGCCAACCCACCACAAAAUCUCAUCGCUCAAUCUCAAUCCGGUACUGGAAAAACCGCUGCUUUUGUCCUGGCGAUGCUGAGUCGCGUUGAUACUUCAAAAAAAUACCCACAAGUUUUGUGUUUGUCUCCAACGUAUGAGUUAGCAAUUCAAACUGGUGAAGUAGCAGCACACAUGGCUAAGUUUUAUCCCGAAAUUGAAAUGAAGUACGCCGUGAGGGGCGAAGAAGUUUCCAGAGGUACCCAUCUAUCAGAACACAUUAUUAUUGGAACACCAGGAAAAGUGCUUGAUUGGGCUUUGAAAUUUAGGGUUUUUGAUCUGAAAAAACUGACAGUGUUUGUGCUGGAUGAAGCUGACGUUAUGAUCGCGACCCAAGGGCAUCAGGAUCAGUGCAUAAGAAUUCAUAAAAACUUGAGUCCCAGUUGUCAGAUGAUGUUCUUCUCUGCUACAUAUGAUCAACAGAUUAUGGAAUUUGCUGAAGUCAUAGUUCCUGACCCCAUAACAAUAAGACUGAAACGCGAAGAAGAGAGUUUAGAUAAUAUUCAACAAUAUUAUGUCAAGUGUGCUGGUCCACAGGAGAAAUACAACGCUGUAACGAACAUUUAUGGGACUGUGGGUGUGGGUCAGGCUAUUAUUUUUUGCCAUACUAGACGCACUGCGAGUUGGCUCGCCGAAAAAAUGUCUAAAGAAGGCCACGCCGUCGCCGUCCUAACGGGCGACCUCACAGUAGAACAGCGCAUCAACGUUCUAGACCGUUUCAGAUCAGGCCAAGAAAAAGUCCUCAUCACCACGAACGUUUUGUCUCGAGGUAUCGACGUCGAGCAAGUAACAAUCGUCGUCAACUUCGAUCUACCAGUAGACAUGAACGGCAAAGCGGAUUGCGACACGUACUUGCACAGGAUUGGACGUACAGGAAGGUUCGGUAAACUCGGUAUCGCUAUAAAUUUGGUCGACUCGCAAGACGCAAUGAACAUCUGUCAGUCCAUCGAGAAACAUUUCAAUAGAAAGAUUAAGUAUUUGAACGCUGAGGAUUCAGACGAGAUCGAGAAAAUCGGUGCAUGAGUUGAAUUGCAUCUGUUUCCAGUGAAAAAUGCUGUUUUUUAUUUAAUAAAUUGACAUUUCUUUAUUUUGAA